CUAUAACUCGUGUAUUACGAUAUUUCUCCACUCUCAACAGUUAAAUUUUAAUUAUUUAAAAAGCUCGGCAAGCCUCACGCUUUAAAUAUUACAAUUUAACUGUCUCGAGUGGAGAAAUAUCGUAACACACUUGUUGCAGUGGUGAAAUCUAUAUUUCCACGCUUUACAUGAGAAAAACGAAAAAUUGAUAAGCUGUAAUUGGAUCAAUACAUUGCAAUUUUAGAAUAAUUAUUAUUACAUCGAGUCCAUUAUACAACAGUUUUAUCUUACAGGUAAAGUUUGUGUCAUCCAUACAGGACCAUACAAUUGUAAAACAUUCAAUCACUUGUGUAACUGAUUGAUCAUAGAUAACAUGUUUAAGAUUACCGGAAAACAACGAUAACCUUGAAUCAACAUUUACGACAUGUAAUGGAAAAUCGAAGUAAAGUAGUUCGUCAUAAACUGCCACGCGUCCAAAUUCAAGAUAUCGAAAAAAACCAAUGCCUGCAUAAAGUAGUUAUUCAUUUAAAAAAAAAAUGAACUGCUCACAGCACCAAGGUGAAAAAUUACGCCUUUUUUGCAAAGAAUGUGAAGAUAUCAUAUGUGUUCAGUGUUUGUUGGAGAAUCAUCAACAGCAUAAGGUCAAAGGAUUAUCCGAAUCACAUGACAUUAUUCGGAGCAAGGUGAAUGAUUGGUGCUCAGACAAUAAAUUAGCAACUCAACAUGAUCUUGCAGAAACAAAAAAGCAAUUAGAAGAAGCGAUUGAAAAAAGUGUUCAAGAUGAGGCGAAAAUAGGAGAGGAUAUUCACAAGUGUGAAGUGCAGUGGAAGAACAAAAUUGAGGUAGAGGUUAAGAAUCUAUUAGAGGCUUCAAAGGAUGUCUUUGAGGAAGGCAGGAAUCAGAUUCAUAGCUUACUGGAUGAGGUUGAGUUUUGUAAAAACGAAAUGGAAAAUAUUGUAUCAGAGGACUCACUUAUUAGAUUAUAUUGUAGCUUGAAAAAAUGUUCCAUUAAUAAAGAAUGUUUAAAGUCAAAAUAUGAGAAAGUUACACCAUUAUUACAGCUGUAUGCGCCGUCUGGUGACACAUUGUUAGGUCGUAUUGGAGAAGGUUGUUGUAUGAGGAAGACAAAUGAUAUAUCUACACAAACAUGUAGUCCUCAUGAGCCUUUAUCAGACGAUAACAUUAUAACGGAAGUAGAUAAGAAAGGUCUCUUAACCUUGAUUCCACUAACAGAUCUGGUAGUUCCGGUUACGAAAAUUAUUCCAGUAAGUACAUCUGACGCAUGGUUAAUAUCAGAUAGGAAACUUUUUCGUCUAGACUUUUCUGGAAUAAAGAUGGCAGCUUAUACUGAGGAAGUUGACGAUAUUGCUGUACUGAAUAAUGGAGAUGUGCUUACUCUUAAUCGAACAAAAAGCUUUAUAAAUCAGAUCGACGCAAGAGGAAAUGUAACACCCUUUACAAGUACGGAUCCGUAUAUGCCGUUAUGUAUGGAUUACGUCAAGUCUGACAACUCUGUUUUCGUAUGGAUGAGUAAUAAGGAUUCAAGACAGAUGACAGUCUUUGAGACUACUGGAAUUAAAAAGAAAUCAUUUACGCUGUCCACCAGUAAAAGUGAGAGUUCUUGCAUGUCGGUGCACUCGAGUAACAAUUUUAGCAUUAUAUAUGACGUAGAACAAACAACUGGGAUAAGGAACUAUGUUUAUUCUUAUAGCCUCGAACCAAAAACUUCGUAUUCCUUCUCGGGUAAAUCUGGUCAAAGCCCAUAUUUGCAAUACGUCUGCAAAGGACUUUGUUACAAUAACCACGGCAACAUACUGGCAAGCGAUAUGCAGUUUAAUACAAUAUAUCAAUUGGAUGGAAAGUUACAGUUUCAAAAAAUACUUCUUGGUAAAAAUGAUGGUCUUAGUUCACCUGCAGCGCUUGCAUAUAGAGAGGGUCACUUAUGGAUAGCUGAUUCUAAAAGCUUAAGAAUUUAUGACUACCAAAAUCUCAUUUUUGCCUAGCGUUGUUUGUGUUUAUGAUACGAAAAACAUAAUUUUUCAACUGCAUAAUAGUUUGUUAUUGACAACAGCUAUGCUUUAAGGUUUAUGUAUUUAAUUCGCUAGCUAUGAUACAUUUUUGUCAUUCAGGUCGAUUUGAUUUUCACAUGGUAAACUCUGGACGCUUGCAUAUAUACUGGAAUAUACAUUGAACACAUUUUGGUUCCUCAAAAUGAUGGUAUCUGUAAAAUAAAAGUAGUUUAGCUUUU